CGCAGCAUGUCAGCCGGUGCGGACGAUAACACAUUGCACUGUGGUCCCUGCGUGGGAGUGCUGUGCAUCGAUAUGGCCACCUCUUUGUCCUUGCUGGCCUGUCCUGGCCGGGACCCAGUCACAGGCUCCGAUAAGGCAAAGGCGACUAGCUAUCUAGCAGCCUCCUAUGCCAAGUGGGUGGAAGCGGCUGGUGCGCGCAUCGUUCCCAUUUGGAUUGGCCGUGAACGUGCUUAUUAUGCGUCAAUGCUGGAACUGGUUAAUGGUGUGCUGCUGCCCGGUGGCGCUGUCUAUCUAGAUGAUGAGGACAAGCACGUAGAAAAAGAUCCAAAUUUGACAAAUUUGUGUGUGCAGUCUGUUAACUAUAUUUAUGAGCUAGCGCUGGAGCUAAACAUGGCCGGAAAUAACAUACCCGUAUGGGGCACUUGUCUCGGCUUUCAGCUGAUGCUGAAAAGUGCAGCAAGUGCGGCCGGUGCGCCAAUGAUGCGCGACAAGUGCGGCAAAAUAUUUGAUGCAAAGCCAUUGCAACUGGAGCCGGGCUACGAGGCAGCCCGUCUGUUUCGCCAGCUGUCGCCGGAGCAGGCCAAGCAGCUGGAGAGCGUGCCAUUUGCCUGUCAUCAGCAUAGGUUUUGCAUCACGGAGGAGAGUCUUGGCAGCAGCAAGAUGGACGCCGAUUGGCAUGUGCUGGCCACGCGCACUUCGGAGGAGGGCAAACGCUUCAUAACGCUCAUCGAGCAUCGUGUGCAUCCCUUCUUUGGCUGUCAAUUUCAUCCGGAGCGUGCCGCCUACGAGCAGCUCUUUGCUCGCGAGGAUGCCUGCCGCGAUGCCCACACCAGGGAGGGCAUCCAGCUGGCCCAGUACUUUGCCGAGAUCUUCGUCGAUGCCUGUCGCCGCAAUCCGAACAGAUUCGACAGCGUGGAGCAGCUGUCGCGCCACUUGAUCCACAACUGGCAGCCCGUUUUUAGCGGUCAGUUUAAUAAAGCCAAUUGGCUGCAGGUCUAUCUCUUUCCCAAGGAUGUGGACUAUGUGCGAGCAGUUGAAAGUUGAGCUACGUUAAUCCGAUACAGAUUGUUUCCGGAAACACGAACGACAAUCCUGAUAAGACUCUACUGAUGCCAACUUGUGAUGAUGCGAACUCAACUAUAUUCAUAAUAUAUACAUAAUAUAUAAUUUACAUACAAUCUAUAUAUCUCACUAUAUAUCUCACUA